UCCAAACCUACAGAUUUGAAAUCUCGGCCGGGCAGAGACAGAGACCGGAGCUCCUGCCCAGCAUCUUUCCAGAAAGCCUGGCAGAGGGAAGGACAAUGGAGCCAGACCAAGUCCUUCAGCCACCAGCUGAGCCAGUCUGUGCUGUCGCUGGUAUGAUGGUGUAUCUCCUCUCAGUCGAGUCAGAUCAAUAAUGCUUGACCUAUUUGGGAUACCAGAAAAGAGUCUCUUUACGAACGUCCCCGGGUGCUGCAGGGUCAAUGGCAAAACAAGGCUCAACAAACUGAAGAAUUUCCCAGUGGCCAAAAGUAAAUGUAAUUGUUUUUGUAUAAAUCCCACUGUGUACUCAGAUACUCACACAGUACUUUUUGUUUUUUUUCCCAACAGAGCCUCAACUAGGUCACCAGGGGGACGAUAUUGAUUUUCCUCACGACACAGGCAGGGGGCAGAACACGCAGCAACACUGCCGGGGAUGUCCUCUGACUUCAAAUGUCUUCGGGUCACACCAGGUUCCACAAGAACGAGCUCAGGAAGCUCCUCCUGUUGGUGUGACGGUGAACAACACUCGUUUUAGCCUGGGAUCUCCUGUUGCCCGGUGCCUUUCUCUCCUCCUUUAUACUUUUAUCCUGUGUGUGGAAGAAUGCCCGUAUGACCCCCACCACCAUCAUUACCCCCGAGGCCCUGGGGCAUUCAUCACUGUGGAUCCCCUCAUUUACCCUUCCCCUCCCCACCUUUUACCCAGAAACCCAAUUACCUCCUCCUCCUCAUCCUCCCCCCUUUUGUUUUUUUCUCCCCUGUAUCACAGCCUUAAACAAAGCUGCUGGCUUGUUUUGACGGCGUCAGAUGCCACACACACACAGAUUAUUAUCAGUUUCAAAACAUAAUCUCAGAAGGCUCCCCUCGUGGAGAGAGGCCCCCCGCAGGACGUUUAUCUCCCUCAUAAAAAUAAUGACCGGAAUACAGAAGAAGUGGCCACAGUGGGAGCAGAGCCCAGUGAGACUCCACACUUUCAGAUGAAUAGUGAAGGACAGAGAGCUUUGGGAAAGGGGGAGGAAAAGAGGGAGGAAAGUGACGUAAAAGAGGAGGGGGCUGCACGGUGAAAGAAGUGGCAGAAGUGUCGGGAAGUGGGGGAAGAAGAGGAAGAAAAAGAGGCUCGGGGGUUACAGAUGGUAGAAAACAGAAGAGUGUGAUGCUAACUGAUGGUUAACACGUGGAGACGAAGGCUGAGGAUCAGCUGGGAAAAAAAAAUAAGAAUGUGGAAGUGCGAAAGGAAAAAAAUAACAGGUGCCAAGAGGACAAAGAGUUUACCGUAUAAAAUAUUCCCAGAGUGGAAGAAAACUAAGAACACCGAAACGGAGUGUUGAGGGAGAAGUUGUGGAAAGUUUGAGAAAGGGAAGGAAGGAGGGGAGUAAGAGAAGAGAAGAGAGGGGAGGACAUGCAUCUGUUAGUGUUUUCAAAAAGAGGCAGAGAAUGGAGGAGAGGUUUAUUUAUUUUUUGGGAGAAUCUAGAAGGAGGUGAAGACGCUGUCUUUUACUCGUGCAGGAAAUAAAACGAAGCUUUAAGGAGUUAUCAGAGGGACUGUUAUUUUCCCGUUCCAACUUUGGAAUACAAGGAGAGAGGGAAGGGUUUUAGGUUGAUGUCAUGGAGUGUGGAGAUGAAUUUAUAAUAAGGAAAGAAGAACCAAUAAACAAGGAACGGUUUGGAAGACAGGGAAGAGGAAAUGAAUGGCAAAAAAGAGGAGGAAACUGGGAAGGCAGGAGUUUGAAAGUAAACUCUGGAAUUUCAGGAGGAGGAAAAAAGACGUAAAAAGGGUUUUCGACAAUGAUGGAGAGAGGAGGAGGAAAAGGCGGAGAUGUCUUGGGAACAUAAGAAAGGGUUGGGAAGAGGAGGAGGAAAGAUGGAGUUGGCACCGACACCCCUUACCCUCCCUCCCUCCCUCUCUCUCUCUCUCUCUCCUACUCUACUCUCCUCCUCCUUUCUUUUCAGAUGAUGAGCAGGAGAAAUCCGCUGAGCGCACUGCACUCCACGCUGUGCGUCCACGUCCUUCUCCAGCCACGAAGUGCCCAAACGCACCGCACCUUUCCGCGUCCGAACUAAACCGAACCGAACCAGGUCGGUGCGUAAAACUCCCCCUCCGCCCCCCCAGCCUCUUGUCUUGUCUGCACCACCAUCAUCACUCCCACCUCCUCCACGCGGACCAUUUCUGACCGCCGCUGUGUGGAGAUGGAGCCGUGAAUCCUCCCUCUGGACCAGACCGGACUGGACUUGACUGAGCGCGUGAACCACAAGGAGACAGCGGGAGGCGGCUAUGGAGGAGCAGCUGAGGGAGGCUGGAGUCUAGAUCACACAUCAAAUCAACGGGACACGAAUAAGGGACACCGAUCGAUCCACCUUUUUCUUCAAACUUGAUCGUUGCUUUUUUUCACCGUAUCAUCUGAAUCUGAUCGCCGCUGGAAGGAUGCGGAGGACGGAGGCGAGCGUUUGCUCUGGAUGCUGGAGACCAUCGCUGCUGCUGCUGCCGCUGCUGCUGCUCAUGUCCUGCGUCCUGGCUCAGCACCUGGUCCAGGGGGACGUUGCUGGGACCAAUGUGACUGAACUGGACAAUGCAGCCAAUCUCACUUCCCUCCUUAAAGAAGAGGAAGGGCCCGCCAGGGUCGAUGACAUCAUCACCACUGUAACACAGACCAGCAGCUCCUCCACUCCUGAAGUGAUCACCACUGUGACCCCACGGGCAGGUCGUAUCCCUCGCACUAGUGAUGAGGAGCAGAGCAGCGGGAUGUUUGGAGAAUCGAUGAUUCCUGCCGUGCAGGAAGUUGAGAUUGCCGCUCCCCCACAGCUCAUUCCAGAUUCUGCUGAAACUGAUCUCCUGCUGCCGAGUGUUCCGCGUAAACCAGAUCUCUCAGAGAGUGAGGAAGAAAUAGGUGAGGGGGAAAAGGGUCUGCCCAGCACUGACCCACCAUGGAUCCAAGCCAAAGACACAGCCGUGUUUGAUCUAGACCAUCUCUUCACCACCAUUGACCCUCCCCCAUCCACCACCACCACAACCACCACCACCACCACCACCACCACCACUACUCCCAACCCUGACCUUGUCCAUGUGGACUACAUUGACCAAUCGCCUCGGGGACGCAACCUGGACCUAGCCCCACCCUCUCCUUCAUCACUGGCCCAUGAGCUUCAGGGUGGUGACCCAACCUCCUGGGCAAUGCCUGAUAACUAUGACUACCUCACGCCCUACGAUGACGGUAUAUCCCCCUCUCCUGACGAGUAUUCAUACAGCACCACGACUGAGACCUAUGAGAGCGACGAUGACAUUCGACUGCUGGCUGGGGCUCCAGAUCGCACCAAGCCUCGAUCUCCAGGGUCUGGUCCUAUUAACGUAGGGGCAGCCUUACCCGGUGUGGGAGCUCCGGCAACAAGCGAUCCUGUCGCUCCUCCUCCUGUGCCGGCACCAGUGGAUGGGUCGGAUGGGCUGGACGGAUGUCGUGUGGGCUACCAGAUUGUCAACGGAACCUGCCGUUCUCCCUGUGACAUGCUGCCCAACUACUGUUUCAACAGCGGCCAGUGUUACCUGCUGGAUGGUGUAGGAGUCUUCUGCAGAUGUAAUGUCCAGGAUUACAUCUGGCACAAAGGUGCCCGCUGUGAGUCAGUGGUGACGGAGUUCCAGGUGAUGUGUCUGGCCGUGGGCGCCUCAGCUCUGGUGGUCCUGCUGCUCUUCAUGAUCAUCGUCUGCUUUGCCAAGAAGCUCCACGUACUCAAGACGGAGAACAAGAAGUUGCGUAAACGCAGCAGUAAGUACCGGCCUUCAUCGGAGCAGCACAAUGAUAAUUUCUCGCUGUCCACCAUCGCUGAGGGCUCCCACCCAAAUAAAACCAUGAGCAGAUACACCUGGGAGUGUAAGACCAAAGAGGAGUCCGACUGUGAGGACGAUCCUAAUUCCCAGAACAAGCUGGAGGAUCCGGUGAAGGCCCCGCCCAAGGAGGAUGACUCCCUCAACAUCCACAACUCCCUGACCCCCAAACACGAGAACCACAAGCUCCUGGGCGAGGAGAACUCCUCGGAGGUAAACUCACUGCAGAACAACAUGAUGUGAAAACACACAAACGGAAAAUUCCUGAGCAACCUGACAACAACGAGGUGUGCCAGCAACAGGAACCACGAGCCCCCCAACUGGUCAAUCAGCCGCCCAAACCAAGCAACCAACCAGCCUGCCAACAUACCAGCCAACAACCCUGUCUGGCUCUACUGCCACCUAGCGGCUUGGGCCGCUUAGAAAAUAUAUAUAUAUAUAUAUAUACAACACCUCUACUGCCCGCCUCCGACCGGCCAACCUGUAACUGCCUCUUCACCCCUCUGCCCCUGAUCCUCUCACUUCUCUCUGCCCCGUUUCCUUCAUUGCUGUCACUUUAGUCCCGCCCCAUUGCUUAACUGCAAACACACACACACACGCUUAUAUGUGUACACACACAUUUACCCUGCCUGCAUUGGUGUAUUUUGUAAAAAUGAAAGAAAUCAUACAGAAGUUUAAAACUUUAAAACGUGAGACAUCGUUGUAAAAAAAAAGAAUUAAAAAAAAGAGUUGUUCAAAUAAAGCUACUGAGAGGUUUUUGAUGUUUAUCUGACUAAUCCAGUGAGUAUGUGUGUAUAAAUAUUGGAUGGAGACAAAAAAAAAAAAUGCUUGGAUUGAUUUAAAAAGAAAAAAAGGAACACAAUGUGUCUUGGUUUUCAUUGAUGUUAUUUCUAAUCCUUUGAUGUACUUCUUUUUCUUUUUUGUACUUUUUUGGGAUUUCGAACCGUAAACAAAACAAACAUGAUUCAGACCGUUGUUGAAAUAAAAACCUUUUUAACAU